AAGACUAGAGUUGGCCGUUUCUGUUGACUGAAUAACCUUAAUUGAGGAAGGAGAGAAGCGGCGGCGAAUGGGGACUCUUUUCAAGUUCUAUAAACCCCUGUUUUUAACUCGAUUCGCUUCAGUCCCCAACUCCUUACGCGUUGUUCAUCCCUUGAAGCUCAAGAGGAGAAGCUUUGUCCGUUGUUUCGGCUCUCUGAGCUCGUCUCAGCCGUUGGUCAAUGAGAAAACUACCCAGAAACCCACCGGAGAUUUGCCUCCGGCUCCGUCACCGGAGCUGUGGCUGUACAACACCAUGACUAGGAGGAAGGACCUGUUCAAGCCUAGAGUGAAUGGCAAAGUGGGCAUGUACGUCUGUGGUGUUACCGCCUAUGAUCUCAGUCACAUAGGACAUGCUCGUGUCUAUGUCACCUUCGAUGUUCUCUACAGAUAUCUUAAGCAUUUGGGAUAUGAAGUGUGCUAUGUUCGGAAUUUCACUGAUGUUGAUGACAAGAUAAUUGCUAGAGCAAAUGAAUUGGGGGAGGAUCCAAUCAGUUUGAGCAGACGUUACUGUGAAGAGUUCCAUCAAGAUAUGGUUCAUCUCUGUUGUCUUCCACCUUCUGUCGAACCUCGUGUAUCAGAUCACAUGCCUCAAAUCAUUGACAUGAUCAAGCAGAUUCUUGAUAAUGGGUAUGCCUAUAGAAUUGAUGGGGAUGUCUUCUUCUCAGUAGACAAAUUCCCAGAAUAUGGUCGCUUAUCUGGCCGAAAGUUAGAAGACAAUCGAGCUGGUGAGCGAGUUGCUGUGGACUCCAGGAAGAAAAAUCCAGCUGAUUUCGCUUUAUGGAAGCCUGCAAAGCAAGGGGAGCCCUUUUGGCAGAGUCCAUGGGGGCCUGGCAGACCUGGAUGGCAUAUUGAGUGCAGUGCCAUGAGUGCUGCAUAUUUGGGUUACUCUUUUGACAUACAUGGUGGAGGCAUGGACCUUGUGUUUCCCCACCAUGAAAAUGAAAUUGCUCAGAGUUGUGCUGCUUGUAACCAGAGUAAUGUAAGCUACUGGAUACAUAAUGGCUUUGUCACUAUUGACUCUGAAAAGAUGUCCAAAUCCCUUGGAAACUUCUUCACAAUUAGGCAGGUGAUAGAUCUUUAUCACCCACUAGCCUUGAGACUUUUCUUAGUGGGAACCCAUUAUCGGUCUCCAAUCAACUAUUCUGUUGUGCAACUUGAAAGUGCAUCUGAACGCAUUUUUUACAUUUAUCAGACACUACAUGAUUGUGAGCUUGUUCUGAGCCAGCAUGGUGAAGUGCAUCAGAAAGAUUUUGUCCCCCCUGACACUUUGAAUGGCAUUAAAAAGUUCCAUGAUGAAUUUUUGGCCUCAAUGUCAGAUGAUCUUCAUACUCCAGUUGUUUUGGCUGCAUUCUCUGAUCCAUUGAAGACCAUCAACGAUCUGCUACAUACUCGCAAGGGGAAGAAGCAAGCAAUGCGAAUUGAAUCACUUGCAGCUCUAGAAAAGAUAAUUAGGGAAGUUCUGGUUGUCUUGGGGCUGAUGCCCAUGAGUUACUCUGAGGUCUUGCAGCAACUCAGAGAAAAGGCUUUGAAGCGUGCAAGAUUAACAGAAGAUCAAGUACUGCAAAAGAUUGAGGAAAGGACAGCCGCAAGAAAGAACAAAGAUUAUGAAAAAUCUGAUGCAAUUAGAAAAGAUUUGGCUGCCAUAGGCAUCGCUCUUAUGGACACUCCAGAAGGCACAAGUUGGAGACCAGCUAUUCCCCUUGCACUGCAAGAGCAGCAAGUUACUGCAGUCUGAACAGCUUCUUGAGUCAGCAAUGUCAUGGUGUUAUACCGUUAUGCAGGACUUUAGCAAACACAAUUUUUCUUGUUCCAACACCCACUUUCAAGAUUUUGGAAUCAUUUUCAUUUUUGCCGUGUAAGGAAGGAAUUCUUUUAGUUCAGUUAUUAGUGAUAGUGAAGACCACCGGAAAUAUAAAUUUCAACGGGCAUGGGUAGAUAAAUUUUGGAGAUGAUGUAAUGAUUCAUUCUUUACAUUUGCUGUAAAAUACACUUUUCUUUUUCUCGAAUUUGACAUUCAAAAGGAGUCUGGAUUCACUUGACAAAAUAUCUGCCCCGAAAUUUCGUGUCGUGAAUAGUCGUUGUAACUUUUUGCUCAAAAAAAAAGAAAAAAAAAAGAAAAAA